CUCUCUGCUUGCGCUCCACAGCGACCAGGCCGAGCCUCCUACAGCCAAUGCCCUACUUGUUAUAGUUUGAUCUGGGAAAAAUUUUCAUGUGCUGGGCUCCAAACUGGUGAAUGCAGUCUCGGUGGGAUGGGCUUCAAUUAACGCUGCCCCGCCAUUAGCUGUGUUCCUGUCGAGGGCGAACGUCGGAGGCGUCAAGGACGUCACAGCUGGCUUAGACUUGGGGGCACCUCAACCCAGCACACCUAGUACAUUGGAUCGCGGCCCACGCCCAUCCCAAGUCACGCUCGCAACGGCGAUCAUCUGGUUGCGUCCGCCUUCGAGUGCCUUCCUUCUGGUCUUGCCGAGCGCCAGGAAACCGACUAUGCAGGCUAUCAGAUCCUAUAUGUUCGGGCCAACGCCCGAGGAGCAGAAACGAAAGUGCAGCGCCCUCAUACGGAAAAACACACGGCUUUUGGACCGCGACAUACAGAACCUCAAGGCGCUUGAAACCAAGACGAGAAACCUCAUACUACAAGCCUCAAAAAGAGCACAGCGUAACCCCUCGCAAGCCAAACAGGCGGCAGCAGAGACACGCGUUUUUGCGCGCGAGCUCAUAAGAAUACGCAAACAAUCCAACCGCCUCCACACAAGCAAGGCGCAACUGCAAUCCGUCUCUAUGCAAAUCAACGAAGCCUUUUCCAUCCGCAAGAUAGAAGGCUCGAUCAAAGCAUCAACUGGCAUCAUGAAAAACGUGAAUGCAUUGGUGCGGCUACCCGAACUCACCGGUACCAUGCGUGAACUGUCACAAGAGUUGGUCAAAGCAGGCAUCAUCGAAGAGAUGGUGGGCGAUAUCCUACCAGACAGUGAACUGCUUGAAGGUGAAGACGAGGAGGCUGAGGCUGAGGUAGACAAGGUACUGAGCGAGGUGCUGAAGGAUAAGCUUCCAACCACCGACCAGAAAGUGGACGAGGACAUUGUACCAAGCGUUCCGGCCGAGGAGCUGGAGGAAGAUCAGGAAGAGAUGUUGGCACAGAUGCGCGGAAGACUCGAAGCUUUGAAGAGCUAGUACUGAGACUGACAAACUGGAUACCCUUGGAGUUGGCUUUUAUGUCAAAUGCGUAGAGCUACAUUCAAAGCAUUCUUUUUUCCAUUAUACCUGACUGAAUGCAGCCAAAAUGAGCAUCUGAAUCCGUGGAGCAGCUCAUAGCUUCGGCAUAUCUGCAAGGUGGGCUGAGUUGCGUCUUUGAUCAUCGUUGUCCCUUCGGCAGCACGCCCAGAUAUGAAUCAGACAUG